AUGACUAGCAAUAGUAAUGCCAAAGUAGGCAUUGCAAACGGAAAAUCAGAGCUUUUGCAGGGAGGAGUUUCAUCCUCUUCUGACCUCUAUGACGUGUCUUCCUUUGACCCUUUGCAAGCUAAUGCACAACAACUCACUGCCUCUGCUGGAUUGAUGAACGCGCUUACAGCUCAACAACGAUCAUCAGUUGGUGGUGAAGGCAACAAAAUGUCUCAUCCGGGUUCAACCGAUGCAAGGAGCCAUGUUGCUCUGCAACAUCAAUUGCAGCAGCCUCCUCAGGGAUACAAUCCUUUGCAAUCAUUACCACAGCAUGCCAACUCGCAUCAAUUGCAAUCAUUACCGCAGCAUGCCAACGCUCAUCAAUUGCAAUCGUUACCACAGCAUGCUAACGCGCAAGCAACCGCAGCUACACCGCAUCCUUACAUGCUGCUGAAUCAUGGUACAAAUCCCUUGCAGCAAUUGCAACCCAUUGCGAGCACCGCAGCUGGAGUGAAUCCAACCACCGUGGUCUCGCAGGGAUUUUACUUGCCAGGUUCAACAAUGCCAAUCACUACCAACUUUCCAGCUCAAGUCUUGCCUGGGACCAAUCAGCACUUGAAUGGAAUGCUUCAUCAUCAGCCAGCAUUCUUGCAGCAUUUAAAUCCUGCAGGAAAGCGGGAAACUCAAGAAUUUCAACAGGAAUCGAGAAAGAAGCAUCGAGGUCUCCAACCGUCUGUGGUUUCUGUGACUACCAUGGGAUCCAAUGGAACCAACCAGGUCACGAGCAGCAGUAGCCCACCAGCUGACACUGAUAACGAACAAGACAUUGACACAUCCAAUAUGACCCCUGCUCAACGCCGGCGACACGAGCGGAAUCUUAGAGAACAGCAACGAUCUUCAAAGAUUAGUCAGCAAGUUAAAGAAUUGAGAGACCUGUUGUCCGAUUCCAAUGUGCCGUUCAAGCCCAACAAGUACUCGAUCUUGUUGAAUGUGGUUGAUUACAUCAAGCAACUACAGGGGCGAGCCAUCAUGCUGGAUGCUGAGCACAAAAAGUUGAUUACGACGAUACGUAGAACUAAUGAGAUUGUUCAAUCCGGAAACACCCCCAGCUCGGCUGAUGAAACGGAUGCUACCAAUUUGACUGGCAAUAGCUCAUCUGACCCUGGGAGCGAGAACGAAAUGGUCUUUGUACAAGGAUUGAAUUACAAGUCAGUCUUUCAACAGAGCCCAGCCGCACUAGGUGUGGCAGCCCUAGAUGGGAUUUUGCUAGAUUGCAAUGAAGAGUUUGAGCUGCUUCUUGGGUUCCCACGGGAUGAUCUACUGAACAACAAUCUAUUUAAUCUGGUACAGAAUCACGAGGAAAUGUAUCGGGCCAUGUCUAAGAUGCUAGGUCCAACGGACCAAGCACCAUUGGGCCUGGGCCGAAAUAGUCCAUCUUCGGCAGCAGCAACUCCCGCCUUUUGGACUGGGCCGGUUGUUUCCAAGCGGGACAACAUCAAACUUACCAUGAAUGUGACUUUAACCGUUGGUAAUGAUGGGGCUCCCAAGUUCUUCACUUGCUCUGUUACUAGAGCUUAA